AUGGGCUACCAGUUCACCACGGCCAGACUGAUUACAACUGGAGAGCUACGAUUAGUAGCUCCUACGCCUUCUCCAAAAAUCAGCACGGGCUCUCCCUCAAAAAUCAGUACAGGCUCUCUUUCAAGAGAGGGAAGAGAUUUGCCUAUAGUAAAAGGACAUAAACUUGCAUUGCUUCAAAAAUCCCAUUCUGGAUUGAAUUCUAUUGAAUCUGAUCUUUCAUUAAAAUACAUGGUCUACCAAACACAAGUGGAGUCGAAUUAUACAAAAGAAUUACAGUAUCAACUGGUUGAGAAUCAUGAUGGGGAAAUGCAGAAAACUUCUGCAAAACAAGAUAUGGAUUCAGGAGAAAUUGAUAAAGGCUUGCUACUUGCGGCUAAAAAGGUUGGAUAUCAUCAACUGGACUCGGUACAAAGUUUGUAUGAUAUCAUUAAAGAGAAUCCUCUUGCACUCCCCACAACAACGAUGACUACUAAAAUAAGUCCUCUACUGCCAGUUCUUAUUGACCAACACCCGUCGGCAAAUAUAUCAGCACUACUCACCACUUCUGAUUUCAAAUCACCAGUACCGAAUACAAAGUAUAACAAUACACUGCCAUUAAACGAAUUUCUAAACUCCAAAGUUGGAAAACUUUUAGAAGAACUAUUCGAAAGCGAAAUCACUUACGUUUCAUCUUUGAAUAUAUUAAUUACCUAUUAUGUCCAACCACUUUUAAUAGCCCAGCCAUACGAUUGUGGAGUGCCAAUCAUUUUCAUAUCACAAGUCAUUGAGUCAUUAAUAAGAAACCACACAGAGCUAGUUCGUUGUUUCCGACUGGAUUUUUAUUCAGAAAAUUCAGUGAUUAAAUUCGUUAGUUCCGUUGAAUCGCUUGCCAUUGACGUUCAUUUAUAUAAAGACUAUUGUGAUUUAUAUGAGGAUGUUUUGAAAAUAAUGAAUUCUAUCAAAUUCAUAGGACAGAAUUAUGUUAACAAAGAAUAUAUUAAUGGAUGGCAAAACUAUUUGGAAGCUACUCAGCCAAUCUCCAAGCACAUGGAUCUUUCCUUUGUAUCAUUAAUACAACGCCCUAUUUCUAGGCAAGUUCAGAGUCAUAAAAUCAGCUUCUUACAGGACACUGAAGAAAAAGAAUAUUUGGAAAGCUUUUUAGAAAUAAAUGAAAAGAUUAAGUUCAAGCUUAAUCAGAUUAAUGAAAAUUCUGAAAAGAUUGAUGUGAAAAGCGUUGGAGAUAAGAUCAAUUCAUUUUUAAAUUUUGAAAAAUUCAAAUCUUUAUUUGGAUUUGAAUUAAAUCUGCAAAUUUUUGGUAAAGCUUUGCUUUGUGGAGUUUCAAUUGUGGUCUGGCUACUGUCAACUGGUACUGGAGUUGAUAAGAAAGUUCAGGGCCAGAAUAUGGGGGUUUUCUUAUUCAAGAGUCAUUUAAUAAUUAGUGAAAUAAUCUUUAGAAAGAAGUUUAAAAAAUACGAAAUCAAGUUUAUAAUACCUUUAUCGAAAUGUCAACUAUUCAGUGAAUUGAAAGAGUCUGACGGUGGAUUAACAUCAGACUAUCAAUAUUCAUUGAAAAUCAUUUAUGAGCAAGAAUAUUGUCAGUUUGAGGUUUUAAUUGUAUUAUUUACAAAGAAAGAAUAUAUGAUUUGGAAAGAUCAUUUGGAAACCAUGAUUAAUUUUGUUAAUGGGGAUUACAAUCUUGAUUAUUCCCAAACUUUUGCUCCUUUAAUUCUGUAUAGUCCAGUUGAAAUUAUACCUUAUGAUAUAUAUUUAGAUCAUAAGCCAACAUAUUAUAAGUAUCGAUUGGCCUGCUAUUUCAAAAAACCAAUCUCUAUAAAUGUUAUGUUUGAUUUACGCAAUACUGAUUUGGAAGAGAUAUCAAGUUUUGCUGGAUACGUUAACAAAUUGAACUAUUUUCAAAAAAAUGGCGAUGAAAAACUUACAAUUUAUAUAAGAAAGAGUGAAAGAUCAAUUGGCGAACGGAAAAUGCUGGGACUUAUAAGUAAAGAACUAAUUGGUGUACUCAAGGACAACAGGACCCUGGAGAAAAAGGGAAAGUUGAAGAAAAGUUUGAGUUGGAGCAGUUUAAAAUUCAGUAGGUCAAUUUUUCACAACCAAACUUCGCCAAACCCACUUACUGGACAAGAUGAUAAGACCCCAUCCUUGAGUGCUGUAACAAUUGACGAACUACAAUUUUCAUUUAAAUCUACUGGCCUUGCAGGCGUAUCACCAUCAAUUUCUCGUUCCAAUACUGAUAGCCAAGUUGGCUCCAGUUCCAGACAGUACUGAGUCUCAAUAUAUCUACAGAAUAAUAAUCGAUUAAUAAACGUAACGUGUAUGUAUAAAAGGAGUUUGGUUUAUAUGCUUAGUGAAUGUAAUAUAAAUUUCGUAAGAUUCAUUAAAACUAAAUACUUUUGAGCA